AUGGAGGCGAGUUCGUAUUUUCGUCUCUUCAUAGCCUAUUUCAUCUGGCGUUAUCUCCGGCUCGUGGUCAAUCUAUGGCUGUUCUGGACUUUCAAGCCCAUACCCAUUCCAGACAAUCCUACCCUCUCCUCCGACGAUGUCACCGUCAUCUUGCCUACUUUGGAUGGCGAGGGGGGAGAGCUGGAGAGGACCAUUGAGUCGAUCUUGAGGACCCAGCCGAAAGAACUCAUCCUGGUGACCAUUGACGAGAAUCUGCACAAGGCCGAAAAGACAGUGUCUAAGAUGCCUGCGGCCCUUCACGGCAGAAUUCGUUGUAUGGCGGUCAAACAGGCGAACAAGAGACGCCAAAUGGCCAGGGCCAUUCCUGAAGUCACCACCGAGAUCAUUGUCUUUGCCGAUGACGACGUGACGUGGCCGUCUCAGCUCCUGCUGUGGAUGUUGGCUCCCUUUGAGGACAAAAAGUAUGGUGCGGUGGUCACCUGCCAGCGACUGAGACGUGCUGAGAACCCCACCCUGUCUCAACGCAUCUAUGGCUUUUUGGGUGCCUUGUACCUGGAACGUCGCAAUUUUGACUGCGCUGCCACCGUUCACAUGGAUGGAGGAUUGCCAUGCAUUUCAGGGCGUACUUGUGCCUACCGUGCCAGCAUUCUCCAGGAUGUCAACUUCACCGACAACUUCACCAAUGAAAAAUGGUACUGGUUCUUCGGACAAUACCAACUCAACGCCGAUGACGAUAACUUCCUUUCUCGCUGGAUGGUUUCCCAUGGCCACGGGGUUUACAUGCAAUAUCACCCUGGAUGCGAGGUCUUGACCACUCUCGAGGAUAACCCGAAAUUCCUGAAGCAAUGUCUGAGAUGGGCACGCAGCAACUGGCGGAGCAAUAUUACUAGUAUGUUUACCGAGGGGUACAUUUGGAAAAAACAACCCUACAGCACAUAUGCUGUCCAAGUCACCACCUUGAUGCCACCUGCACUCCUAGGCGAUGCCUUUCUCUGGUACCUUUUGGUCUCGGGAACUUCUACAUGGAGCCCCAACCACGCGUCUAUUGCCUACUAUGCCUUCCUGGCCUGGAUGGUCUUCUCCAAAUUCGUCAAGCUGAUCACACACUUCAUCCGCUAUCCUGUUGACAUCCUCCUGUGGCCUGUCUCUGUCUUGUUCGGUUGGUUUCAUGGACUGAUCAAGAUUUAUGCUUGUGCCACUCUUUCUGAGACUACAUGGGGCAGUCGGGCCAAUGCUGACGCCAGCGAUUCCGCGAGAAUGAUCAAGCAAAAGAGACCACGGCCUGCUUCCCACUACAUUCCGAUACAUGAGAAGCUACUCGAGAAGCCACUACUCUCCGAUGACGAUAUGAAAAUCAAUGCCGAUUACGACCUGAAACAUCAUCAAGCCCUCUCCGCUUAA